AUGACAGUUGAAAAGUAUCGGGUUCAGUCUCAGUCUGCCUGCAGCGUUCUUGACCGACCUCUGCCUGUCGACAUCUCAGCCGGGUCUCUCUCCCUCUUUAUCUCUGUUCUUUGCGACAUACGAAAAUACGGUUGUAGUAAAUACUUAUGUCUCUGCUUUUAUCACGCAGGAAUUUUAGAUCGGCAAUUUCAUUUGCGCUCUUGGCUUUUACUAACAAUUGCAGCAAUCAUGUCUGACAGCGAGGAUAGUGUUUUGUCUGAUGCCGCCAGUGAACAGAGUGCUGCUGAAGAGGAAACUAAUGAUCAAGUCGAAGCUUCUUCUGAUAGGAAGAGGAGGAUGAUUAUGAUGAGGAAGAAGAUGAUGACGAACCAAGCCGUAAGCGUAAGAAGAAAAGCCAUUUUAAUUUCAUCUUGGAUGAAGCUGGUAAAUUAUUUUUUAAAAUUUUGCAAUGAUUUUUUUCUCUUUCUCUGUCUCUCUUGUUUCUCUCUUUCUCUGUCUCUCUUGUUUCUCUCUCUCUCCGUCUCUCUUGUUUCUCUCUCUCUCCGUCUCUCUUGUUUCUCUCUCUCUCCGUCUCUCUUGUUUCUCUCUCUCUCCGUCUCUCUUGUUUCUCUCUCUCUCCGUCUCUCUUGUUUCUCUCUCUCUCCGUCUCUCUUGUUUCUCUCUCUCUCCGUCUCUCUUGUUUCUCUUCUCCGUCUCUCUCCUCUCUCUCCGUCUCUUUGUCUCUCUCUCUCUCUCUCUCUCUCUCUCUCUCUCUCUCUCCGUCUCUCUUUUCUCUCUCUCUCUCCUCUCUCUUGUCUCUCUCUCUCUCCGUCUCUCUCUCUCUCUCUCUCUCUUUCUCUCUCUCUCUCCGUCUCUCUUCUCUCUCUCCUCUCUCUCUCUCUCCUCUCUCUUUGUCUCUCUCUCUCUCUCUCUCUCUCUCUCUCUCUCUCUUGUCUCUCUCUCUCCGUCUCUCUUGUCUCUCUCUCUCUCCGUCUCUUUGUCUCUCUCUCUCUCCCCCCUCUCUUGUCUCUCUCUCUCUCUCUCCUUGUCUCUCUCUUCUCUCUCUCUCUCUCUCUCUCUUGUCUCUCUCUCUCUCCGUCUCUCUUGUCUCUCUCUCUCUCCGUCUCUCUUGUCUCUCUCUCUCUCCGUCUCUCUUGUCUCUCUCUCUCUCUCUCUCUCUCUUGUCUCUAUCCGUCUCUCUCUCUCUCUCUCGUUUCUCUCUCUCUCUUGUUUCUUUCUCUCUCUCAUGUUGAUGAUGAAGGUGAAGAAUCUGAAGAAGAAUGGGAAGAAGGUGCUGAAGACAUCAUUGACCGUAAAUCUGUUCAUGAAGGUCCAAGUGCCCGUGAUAUUGAAGGGAAGAGACGCUUGGAACAAAUUUGGAAUAGCGAGAAAGAGGAUGAGAUUGAGGAAUAUUAUCGACAAAGAUAUGGUGAAUCCACGGUUACUGAGCGAUUUGGUGAAGGGGAGGAGAUGUCUGAUGAAAUCACCCAACAGGGACUAUUACCUGGUGUCAAGGACCCAAAUAUGUGGAUGAUCAGGUGCCGUAUGGGUGAAGAAAAAUCCACAGUCAUGUUGCUAAUGAGGAAGUUUAUUACCUAUCAGUUUACAGAAGAACCUCUGCAAAUUAAAUCUGUUAUUGCAAAAGAAGGUCUCAAAGGUUAUAUUUAUAUUGAGGCCUAUAAACAAACCCAUGUGAAACAAGCAAUUGAAGGUGUUGGUAACCUAAAAAUGGGCAGAUUUCGACAACAGAUGGUGCCCAUUAAAGAAAUGACUGAUGUUUUAAAAGUUGUGAAAGAGACCACAAACCUAAAACCAAAAUCUUGGGUACGCUUGAAGCGAGGCAUUUACCAGGAUGAUUUAGCUCAGCAAGACGCUGAUAAGAAAAAACGUAAGCGAAAACCAUCUCAGAAACUCUUUGAUGUUGAUGCUAUCAGAGCAAUUGGUGGUGAAGUGACUGCAGAUGGAGACUUCCUGAUUUUUGAAGGCAAUCGGUACAACAGGAAAGGUUUUCUGUUUAAAAGUUUUGCUAUGUCUGCUAUUAUUGCUGAUGGAGUCAAGCCAACAUUAUCUGAACUUGAAAAAUUUGAAAACACCCCUGAGGGACUGGAUAUGGAAUUAAUUCCUGAAAAGUCCAGUUCUAUGGAAGUGUCUCACUCCUUCAUCCCAGGCGAUAUGGUUGAGGUUUGUGAAGGCGAGUUGAUAUUUCUCCAGGGUAAAGUGAUGACUUGUGAUGGUAACAAAAUCACCAUUAUGCCCAAACACGAAGAUCUGAAGGAACCAUUAGAAUUCCCAGCUCAUGAACUUCGAAAACAUUUCAAAAUGGGUGACCACGUUAAAGUUAUUGGUGGUCGCUAUGAAAAUGACACGGGCCUUAUUGUACGUGUUGAAGAAAACAUGGUUGUCCUCUUUUCUGAUUUGACAAUGCAUGAGCUGAAGGUAUUGCCUGAACAUCUCCAACUUUGUACAGACAUGGCGACUGGUGUUGAUUCGCUUGGCCAAUUCCAGUUUGGUGAUUUGGUGCAGUUAGACCAACAAACUGUGGGUGUGAUUGUACGACUUGAGAAAGAAAAUUUCCAGGUGCUUAACAUGCACAAUAAAGUUUUGAAUGUGAAACCACAGUCUGUCACCCGUAAAAGGGACACAAGAAAUGCCGUAGCAUUGGAUUAUGAUUCUAACAACAUUCAUGUCAAAGAUAUUGUUAAUGUAAAUGAUGGUGCUCAUUCAGGUCGACAAGGUGAAGUCAAACAUCUGUAUCGUGGUUUUGCUUUCCUUAUGUCUCGAAUGAUGACUGAUAAUGGAGGUUAUUUUGUUUGCCGGACGCGUCAUCUUUCCUUGGCUGGAGGGUCACGGAGAAGCAACUCUAGUCUGAAUCCACUAGGUGCUUUCCCUCCUAUGUCACCACGACUGUCCAGCCCCUCUCAUCCAAGUGGUGGACAGGGUUCACCUUCUGGUGGGCAAUCUGGCCGAGGUCGUGGAUCCUUUACUCAGAGAGAUCGAGAUCUCAUUGGUCAGACAGUACGAAUCAUCCAAGGUCCAUUCAAAGGUCAUAUUGGUAUAGUAAAAGAUGCUACGGGAACGACUGCUCGUGUGGAACUUCAUGCAUACUGUAAAAUUAUUUCUGUGGAUAGGAUGCGUCUUGACAGUGACUUUCGUAAAAAAGUUGGCUCUGGCAAUUCAUCAUAUGGCCGAACACCACUUUACAGUGGUCAGACCCCAAUGUACUCUUCAAGGACCCCAUUGUAUGGUUCUGAAGGUGGACGUACACCUCAUUAUGGUGGGCAAACACCUCUCCAUGAGGGUAAUAGGACACCAAUCAGUGGAGGUACUAGUGCCUGGGACCCUGCAAAUCCAAACACGCCAUCAAGGACAAAUGACUUUGAUUACAUGUUUGAAGAUUCUGCUUCCCCUGGUGACUAUGGUGCUGUCAGUACACCUGCAACACCUGCUUAUAAUGCUGACACACCCAGCCCUAUGGGACCUUUUACACCACAGACACCUGGCACUUACUCACCAUACCAAGGGACACCUUCCCCUGCAGGCUAUCAAGCCACUCCAAGUCCGGCAGCUUAUGUAGGUACCCCUAGUCCUUCUGGAUACCAAGCUUCUCCUUCACCUGCUGGGUAUGCUGCAACCCCAUCACCGUCGACUUAUAGCCCGAUGACUCCAGUAGCGCCCUAUACACCACAAACACCUGGUGCAGCCAUGGAUCAAGCUAUGACUGAUUGGCAUACGACAGAUAUAGAAGUACGAAUCAAGGACAACCAUGAUGACAGUGCUCUCAUUCACCACACAGGUGUCAUACGAUCUGUGACAGGUGGCAUGUGCAACAUUUUUAUCCCAGAUAAGGAUAGAGUAGUGAGUGUAACAAGUAUGCAUUUGGAACCAAUUCCCCCUGUGGUUGGAGAAAAAGCAAAAGUCAUUUGUGGCGAAGAUCGAGAAGCUAUUGGAGUUGUGGUCAGCAUCGAUGGUGAUGAUGGUGUAAUAAAAUUUGAGCCUGAUUCUGUAAGGAUUUUCCCAAUCAAUUUUCUUUGCAAAGUCUCAUCACUGCAAAGUUAG